UUGCUUUUGCUUUAGAGACGGUCGGUCAAAGCUUUUUCGUUGUUAACAGCGAGAAAAGUAUUCAAGGCCCACCGCUACUUUGUCUGCACGCAAGCACUGUUGCCGGGUAGAUUUAUUUCUGAAAAGCUGUAAAAGAAUCAUCUGUACAGAUUGACCACAAUUUUUCUACUGCUAUCGUCUGUGGAGACUAGCAGUAGGCCAAAAGCCGAGAUGCCGCCUGGGUGCCUCUUCCGAGGAAUAGAUCUUUUCCCUUGCUUAAGCACUUCUGCAGCAACAGCAGCAAACACCACGGAGGCUUGCUGCAGAGCAAUCAACCAAGCACUGAGUGAGCAGGCCUUAACUGCCUGUGCUCAUUACUGCUAGCUUCGACUGGCCUCUCUUUGGGACCCAUUAAUCCCCUCUCUACUCUACUCCACUUGAGCUGGCUUUGCCUGGUUGCUCUCUCUCCUCACCAUCUCCGACAGCUUGUCAAGGUCAGAUAUGUCAAUAUAGUUUACAGUUACAUUACUGUAUUUGUCAGAAAAAAUGUAUUUCUCAGAUUAGAUGAAAUAAUCAGGAAAUUUUAGAAUCUAAGCAUGAGAUAGUGAAGAUGUCAUUUCUCUAGAGAAAUAUUAACACCGAUGAUGUCGACGGGGACUAUUCCGUGGUGACCGAUCGAUGGAAUAUUAGAUAGAGCAGUUCCAAGAUGUACUGCAUGCAGAGGAAACUAUUUGGUGGAAGAGCUAGUUUUCCACCUGUGUUCAGUAUGAUGAAGCUUCUUUAAUUGGUUUAGUUAUCAAUUAUCAAUAUGGCCUAAUGAUAGAGAAGAUAACUAACAUGUCCUUUGGUAUUCCAAAAUAAUAUAUAUUAGGUAGAAGAUCUGUGAUCAUGUUGCUGCUUUCACAUGUGCUACAAAUACAUGUAUUGCGUUAGUCAAAAAAUUACCUUCCCUUUAUAUAUAAUAUUUAAGGAGUUUGCUAAGUAGCAGGUAGAGUCGCUUACCUAGAAAGGCUUAGUUCAAGGAUCCACACUUGUAUAAAAGCCGAGACACCUCUCUCUAUUCUCUACACCCAAACCAAUUCAUACAACAAACUACCAUCACUUGGAUCGCCGUCGAAUUAAUGGCGUCUCGGACCCUCCAAAACGUCCUCUUUGUAGCCCUCACUACCACCAUUCUAUGUGGAGGUGCAUUGGCCCAAUCGAGCUCGAACUCAUGCACGUCGGCCCUCGUAAGUUUGUCGCCAUGCCUGAACUACAUUGCGGGCAACGAGUCGGCUCCAUCGAGCUCGUGCUGCUCGCAGCUGGCCAACGUGGUGCAGUCGGAGCCGCAGUGCUUGUGCGUGGCCGUAAACGGAGGGGCCUCGUCGGCCUCUUCGCUCGGGAUCAAUGUGAACCAGACUCAGGCCUUGGCUCUUCCUGGUGCGUGCAAGGUGCAAACACCUCCCAUCAGCCAAUGCCAAGGUGGCUCAACUUCAUCAUCGACGCCUAAUUCUUCGAAGACCCCUUCAGUAUCAGGUGCUAGUCCAGGUGGGAGUUCAAAAACUGUUCCUACAGCUGCCACAUCUGAUGCAAACUCAGUUAAGAUCCCUUUCACUUCCAUCCUCAGUUUCCUAUUAAUCGCGGUCUACUCCUUGGCAUCUCUCCCCGCCCUCUAGAUCUACAGCAUUGAUGUAUCUGUUUAAGAGCAUUGUAUUAUUUCUUUUGUUUUUUCCCUCUGUUUUUUUUCAUUAAUAUUUGUUUCCUUUGUAUGGCGCGCGUGUGCAAUGUAAUAUCUGAAAUAAAUGUUAUGGCGCACUCAUUUUCUGCAGCA